UAGGAUGGCGCAUAGGGGAUCAAAGUUUUACAUAACUAAUAAAUAGAAGAAAAAAAAUUGAUUUGUUUCUUCUUAAGAACAAUUGGGCCAAAGAAGUUUACAUUUGCUCGAAAGCCUCCUGACAUAGUGCAGAUUCAAGUUUGUAAAAAUCAUGGUCCCCAGGGGUAACAUGGGGACUAAGUAAGGAGUCAAAAUUUUACAUACAAAGAUAUAGGGAAAAUCAUUAAAAAUCUUCUGAAAAAUCACUGGACCAGAACAGUUUAUAUUUACAUGAAAGCUUCCUGACAUGGUGCAUAUUCAAGUUUGUAAAAAGCAUGGUCUCCGGGAGUAGGUUAGGGCUCCAAUAGGGAUCAAAAUUUUACAUGCGAAUAUAUUGGAAAAAUCUUUAGAUAUGAGCCAAGGUGACUCAGGUGAGCGAUGUGGUCCAUGGGCAUCUUGUUUGUCUUUAAGACAGAAAAAAGAUUAACCUGGUCUUGAUCGACUUCUUCCCCACCUCGCUAAAUAAGCAGGGAGGGAUUUUUAAUGUCCCACACCUGCUGUGACACGGGACCUAAGAUUUUGCGGUCUCAUCCGAAGGACAGCCCCAUUUAGUCGUCUCUUACGACAAGCAAGGGGGUGCUGAGAACCUAUUAUAACCCGAAUUCCCACAGACAAGGAGUGGAAGGGGUAUAUACUACUUUCGUCAAAGCAACAAGUAUCUAUCAAUAGCAAAAUUCUAUUGCAAAAAAUCGACAAAGAAUAUUGAAGGACAUAUUUUGAAAGGGAAAAUGACAGAUGCCUUCAAAUGUCUAGGACAUUAAUUAAUCCAGCAUUGAACACUUCCUUGAAAGGCUUGGACAAAGCCUCUCUCGUUGGCGACUAGCGUACACCUGACAGGGAAAUUUCAUCGACACAGGGAAAUGAAUUUGAGUACAAAUUUUACAUCACAAGUGCGAAACUAAUGAUUCUUACUUGUGAUUUCGGAUCAAUUGUAUAUCAGUCUGUCAAUAAGCGUUCUACCCAAGACAUGUGCGCCAGCAGUUUCCUUGGAAAAGGUUUUGGUGGAGGACCCAGUCACCACAGGAGAACCCGGGGAGGAGCGCGCUCUAGAAACACAAAAGGGAUUGACGAUGAAGUACGCAUUGUACUCCUGGGGAAAACAGGAAGUGGUAAAAGCGCCACGGGUAAUACCAUCUUAAACGGCGACUUUUUCAUGUCUUCGACAUCUGCUUCGUCUGUGACAUCACGUUGUACCUGCAAGCAUGCACAGCGGUUUGGCAAGGACAUUCAAGUCGUGGAUACACCGGGGAUAUUUGAUACCAACUCCCCAAAUGAUGUGGUACAGAAAGAGAUUGUCAAAUGUAUCGGGAUUACCUCCCCUGGUCCUCACUGCUUUCUUCUUGUUCUCAGCCUUUCUCGUUUCACGCAAGAAGAGGAGGAGAGCAUCGACCACUUUGUCAAUUAUUUUGGACAGAGGGUUUUUCGAUACUUCAUCAUUCUCUUUACCAGGAAAGAUGACCUGGAUCACCACGGUCUAACAUUGGAUGAUCACAUCAGAAGUGUUCCACAAAGCCUGAAGACCAUCAUCCAAAAAUGUGACCGUCGCUGUAUUGCCUUCAACAAUCGGGCCCCAAGUCCUGCACGAGAGGAUCAGGUAGAGGAGCUUCUAGAGAUGAUCGACGACAUCAUUUGUCAAAAUCACGGAGAAUGCUACUGUGACGACAUGUAUAUUGAAGCAGAAAAAGUUAUGAAGCAUCGAGAGUAUCAGAUCCAGCAAGAAAGACAACGAGAAAAACAGCGGGAGAAGAGGAAUAUUGAACGAGAUAUAGAACAGAAGUAUAAACACCUACUAGUAGGUCACUCUAAAAACCAAAACGCUCUGGAAAAUAGAGUUGCGUUGUUGGAAUCGAAGCGAGACUUCCAAAUCAACCGAUCAUCCACACUGCUCCGAGAAAUAGCGGACACCCAAGAUGAAAUUGAUGAUGAGAGAAGACAGUACGGAAGAGCAAGUUCCCGCCUCCUGAGUAAACUGAAGAACCUAGAAGAUGAGAGAGAUAACAUGAAGUCUGGGACAGACAUGUCAAUGGAAGAAGAGAUAAAAGAACUCAGACAAGAACUUAAGCGUAUGCAUAAACAUACUAAGAAAAUGACAGAAGAGAAGAAUACGACAGUCCAAAAAAAGUUGGAGGAGCAUGACAUGAAGUUCAAGCAGCUUAAUAGUCCGCGCGAUGAGGGACGGAAAGAAGUGGAGACUGGUUCUGGGAAUGUGGGAGAAGCUUUGAUGGGUGGUAUGCUGAGUAUUGGAAAGCUUGCGUGGAAAGGGAUACAGUACUUCUUCUUAUAGAAUUAUCUUAGUUUUUCAUACCGUAUAGUGGGUUUUUUGCGCGGGUCUAAGAUUUGGCGAUUUGCUGGAUCAAAGGUACAUGUAUUCUAAUCAUUUUAACGGAAUAAAUUUUGGCGGACAGGGAAGAGUUGUCUUUCUGUCAAAUACUGAAGUCGUUUUGGAUGCAUAUUUGGCGAG